GAAUAUCCCGUUGUUUUAUCGUUCUACGCGCGUUCCAGUUUCGGUUACGGUGAAGAUGCAGCUAACAAGAUAUGUUAAGAUUUGUGAGACCGAGGAUGACCAACCUAUCGAGGUGCCUCUGGAAGAUGAUGACACUCUUUUACUAUCAACAUUAACCGCUCAGUUCCCAGACUGCACGGGACUUAAGUACAGGUCUGGCGACUCAGGAUGCUAUCGUGGUGUUCGUCUUUUGGAUGACCGUUUAUUUCCUCCCGCUGAUGGACAAUGGCAUGGAAACACUUUUUGUUGUGUCUUUCCAAAAUGUUCCAAAAGAAAAGCAGAUGAAGAUUCGUUAGAUUCCAAAAUGAAGCAAAAACGUUUUGAUAAAAAAACAUGUACGGACUUGAUAGUGUUAAACUUGCCUUGGCGGGCCGAUGAAGAGACUUUACGUGACUACUUUAGCCAGUAUGGUGACCUUGUGAUGAUCCAGAUCAAGCGAGACCCAGUAACUCAGCAAAGCAAAGGAUAUGGGUUUAUCCGCUUCGCUGAUUAUACAGCACAAGUUAUGUGUUUAGCUGAACGACAUACCAUUGAAAAUCGACAGUGCGAUGUUCGCAUUCCUAUAUCAAAGAUGGAGGGUGACCGUCAAGAAGUUUCUCGAAAAGUUCACAUUGGAAGAUUAACAGAAGAUAUUGGUCCCGAAGCCCUUCGUCAGCAUUUCUCCCAAUAUGGAAGAGUAUCUGAUGUUUUCAUACCCAAACCCUUUCGAUCGUUCGCCUUUAUUACGUUCGAUGAUCCCGAGGUUGCAGCUUCUUUGUUAGGCAAGGACCAAGAAAUUCAAGGUAUUCGUAUUAGCGUUGGUUCUGCAGUCCCAAAGCUUCCUCCUUCUGCCCGUCAAAGUAACACUAAUAAUCAACGAAUUCCAGUUACCUCGAUGCAAGCUGCUCUUCAGUCAACAAUGAUGGGAACUCAACAAUGGGGUGCUUGGCCACCAGCUUAUGGAGGUAUGGUUCAAAAUAACCGAUAUGGAGGGCAACAUUCUUCCGGUAAAGGUGGAAGUCGAAACGGAUCAAUGGGGGGAAUGAAUCCAGCAGCUGCAGCUGCUGCUGCUGUUUUAGCAGCAGAAUAUACUCGUGUCCAUCAUACCCGAAACUCAGGUACCCCAGCAAAUGGGCAACCAGAAUACAAUGGAGUAUCUGUGGAUUCUUCAAAUUCUGCUGCACUUGCUACGAUGAAUAUCUUAAGUAAUCCAAAUGUAGUAGCCGCCAUUGUUAGCGCUGCCACUGGAGCUGGAAAUACUUCUAUGCUUGGCAAUUCUGGUGUAAGUUUGUUUGCAGAUCAUUCUAACAAAUUGACAACACACCAACCUAGAUAUACUUUCGCCAAUAUUGGACUGCAUAAUUCUCAUGCAAGUACAUUUCACAUUGUUAAAAUUUUACUUAGGCGAUAAUAUCUUUUUUCUAUUUUAAUCAGAGAUGUGACUCAGUUACCAAGCACAAUUUUAGAUAAUUAGCUUUAUAUCACACUUUGUGUGUACUGAUGAUACUAAACCCAAGUCUUAACCUGAAACCUGUUGGUCGAAGGCUGAGUGCUAAAACCGUAAGUCAUUACUCAGCUACCAUUUAAGGAAAUCGUUUUUGGCCAUAGACCUACGCUUUUGAGAACCAUUCAUUCAUAAAACAGAUUUUACUUACCAUCUGUAUUCGUUUGUUCAUCUUACAGUAGGUGUAAUGAAGUUUUCUCAUUCGUUUCUGUUUUUAGCAAAUGAACCCGAAUAUCGUGAAUUCUUUACUUAAAUUUAACAUUAUAAACAUUACUGGUUGUAACAGAUUAUUGUAUAAAUAGGUCAAAAUUAACUGCGCAGAUUUUUGCAAAAUAAUUAAACUACCGGAACAUUCAAGUUACUGUAGGUUUAUUCCUAAGUACUCUAGUGCUCAUAGACAGGGACACUUGUAUUGAUAGUAUAUGAAAAGAAAAAAUAUCAUCAGAUCAAACCUGCGUGUGCAGAGAAAUCUAAUUAGAAUUCAGAUUUUACUAAUCGUUAAAUUGUGCCAUUAGUUUUUUCGAAAAUUUGUUUUUACUUCACACCCUCCAAUUAUCACAUUUAGACCAUAUCUUUUCUUAAUAUAAAGGCUUUGCUUUUUUGUGGUCCUAUCAUUUUGCGACCGUAUAUAUUUCCAAAUAUUAAAAUCCAUAUUAGAUUAUGUUGAUUUCUCAUUUUCACUUUUCUCUAAUGCUAAUAUGAUACUGUUUAAGUGUUUAGACCUAAGUAGAUAAGUUCUCACCCCACUGAACAGAGAUUAAUAAUAGAGUGCUUUAAUCAUUCAGUUGAUGUCUUUUUGAAGAGAGUUUUCAAAUUUGAUCAACCUAAAAUUUCGUCCUAAUAUUACUUCCUACAGAUUGCAAAAUUUAUUUUUUUAUUUAUUUGAACACAUAAAUAUUGGUGCAAGAGGGCACCAAGUAUAUAUGCGCCACACAAAAUUUCAUUUGUGUGUGGGCUGUGAUACUUCCUGGGUGCCCAGACCGAAGCAAGUGGUUUUCUUAGGAGGCUACACCCCGGAGCCUUUGACCUAAAGGUCUGACCCACAAGGCAGUAAAGCAUCGUGAGGAGAUGCAGCCCAUGGUAGCCGGUGACCAACGAUUGGUUCAUACACCGUUUGUUCCGUCAGGAUACUAGAGCUCAUGUGCACCAAUGGUGUUGCAUCGGGUUAAAGCGCCGGACAUUCGCUUUUCGUCCUCUUAUUUUCGUAGACAACGCCCCCGCCACGAGAAGGCAGUGAGUAGGAUUUCCCUGGCAGAGGCUAUAUACGCGUGGCCGUGUAAGAGCAUUUGGGGGCACAGGUUGCAAAAACAUUUAUUAACCAAGUAUCAUCUCAGUCCUCCUUGUAUUACCGCACAUCAAACUGUAUAACGCAUUAUAAUGGUUUUGAUUUUAAUGGGCCUCAUAUUUUUAGUUAGCCGUUCACGCAGUUCUUAAUUAGUACACUUGAAAAACUAGUACUCUUAUUUAGUUUACUCCUUAUUAUCAUUUAGAAAUGUAAUUAAGAGUGAUUCUGAAACGUCUCGAAUUUUUCAAGGGUUUGUUGGCGCAUUGCUUUAGUUGUAAAAUACUCGUUUGAUCUCUUAGCAAGGAAUAGUGUACAUUGAUGUAAUCAUAUUUUAUGCUAAAUUUCACUAGUCAGGAAAGUAGCAGCAUCGAAAAGUACACUGUAAAAAGAAUAAUGUCAUAACUGUUUUGUAACGUUGGAUUUUGUUUAUCUACUAGACAUUAAGUAGCUAACCAUAUAAUACACUGACACAAAUGUCUAGGAACCAGACCGAGAUGGUUCAGCUUUGUGACUUCCGAAGAAUUUCGGCUUUCAUCAUUUUUUUCUACUUCCGGGGCAGAAUUUAGUUUGUUCUGGUUGGUCUUUUCCUUUUAGAAAGUUGGUUUUCUACAGGAUAGGGAUGCUGACCUCACAUAUAUAUUUGGUGCCCCCUUGUACCAAUAUUUAUGUGUUCAAAUAAAUACUCCCCCUCCACAAUUCACCGUCCUGCUCUACCCAGACUUGGGACCGGCAGUAGCCUGAGAACAGCUACAGGGAGAGUUGUGCAAACUUAUGUUCGGACCUCAUUCGAUCCUUCCCAAAACCCACGUUCUCAGAUCGUCAUCAAAUGGAGUUUCAGUGUCUAAAAAUUGUAAUCUCUAUUUACUGCUAAAUUAAAUUGAUCCAGCAAACAUUACUGAUAAAUCUUCUAAUUUGAACGUUUGAAUGUGUUCCCUAGGCUCUUCUUCAACACGGCAACUUGAACAUAAGACAAAAGUCACGAAAUAUAGAAAGAACGCUUUACCCCAAGUUUAGUUCAUGUACAGAAAAUCUAGGGUAUUAAUGGAAUGUUAGAUAACUUUGAGCUGCUGGAAGGUUCUGGAACCCAUCUAAACAUAUUGCGAUUGGUAAUGUUUUUAAGAAACCUUUACUGAUGCUGACUGGAUAAUAUGUUUCUUUUCAUUGUCGCUCGCUGCUGAUUGUCAUGUCUGUUUUUUUAUUAAAUCGACAGUUACAAAUUAUAUCUGAAAUAAAUUAUAAUUAAUCAUUGAGCAAAUGCUAUCACGCUCAAUGAUGUAUCUAACUUUCACUUCAUGAGUAUUCCACAUUUACUGUUUUUUGACAACCUGUAUUUCCUGUUUGGAUUUCUUUUUAGGCACUUUAACACGAUGAAUGGAUUCAAGGUAUCCAAUACUCAAAUCCUGCAUUUCUUACUUCCUCCUUAAUUUUGGCUCCAUUGAGUCUGUUUUGUAUCACUUGCCCGAACUAAAUGGGUUAUGUCAAUUUGUUGGUAAAAGAAUUGGUUUUUCAUUAUUCAAUCAACUGUGUAUUUGUUUGGGUCAGUGUGUUGUAAAUCAGUGAUUCCUCUAGGGUAGAUGUACUUCUAUUGUACGACUGUUAGUAGUGAGUCAAAAGCUUGCGUGUUUCUUUGCAUAUUGGUAUCAGUCGUGCGAUGUUAUUCGUGUACUCUGUAUGAAAGUUAUGGUACAUAAUGCUGAGAUAUGAGUGAUCAGACUGUUUGACAUGUGAAUUUUGGUGCUACCACGUUUCAGAAACCGUUGCUGUGUGAUGAAAGCAUCAGAAAUUAUGUUGGUACAUUUUGGUGUUUCUAAAACAGGUCAGAAUUCACUCAAUAUGACGGUGGUAAUCCUGAAAACUUCCUAUGUAGGAAAUAGGAUUUUUGUAAAUACUGUCUAAGAAUAAUAUCUACCUUCCAACGAUAAUCAUUGAAGGUAACAAAUAAUGGGUUGCCAUAAAUCAAAGAGUUAUGAAGUAGAUAAUUGGUUAUUGAAGAAAUAAGUUAUGGUUACUGAUAAUGACUGCUAACUUUGUCAUUGAACUGACUGAAUUGCCUGGUGUCUUUUUUAUGGUUGAUUAGUUGACGAGUGCAUUGAUUCAAGUCCUUACACUUUUGUUCGUUUGUUUAAAUUUUGAUUUGUUCUGUUUGCUGCGUAUAUGAUUUGCAGAUAUAUUUGUGAAGUUUUUUCUGCUGCAUACUGCUUAGAUAGUUAAUGAAUGACUGUUUGAACUCAAAUCCUAUAAGUCACUUUAGUUGAUAAUUUGACAUAGAAAUUCGUAUGGCGCCUGAUGCCUAGUGGCUGGCCGGAUGUUGAUUUAUCCAACGUUUAGUAAACAUUUUACAUUUAUAUCAAAAUCUUCCGAUUCGUUCAUUCUGUGAACAAUUUACACAUUAUAUUUCCUUUCCAUUUCUAUACCUAACAAAGUUAAUACUUCACUUCUAAUUUCGUGAUUAUAUCCUAUUGUGCUUCCUUGUAAGCUUAGUUAACCAUAGUCAACUUUAAAAUUCAAAUUUUGACUUACUAUAAAUGCUCCUAAAAUUUGUUUUCCUCUUGUUAAUGGGAAGUUGUUACACAUGUUUCGCUCAGUAUGUUGUUCUUCUAAACUUAGUAACUCGUGACUGGACAUAAAUUCCUACAUAAUGUAGUUCACGUAUCGUAGUAGGUGCAGUAAUUCCUUACCCUUGUUUUUUUUUUUUUACAAAUUUGCAAUUAUCUCGGCCUUCUUUUACCUGGUCAUUCCUUACUAUGAUUUAUAAGUCAUUUAGACCAUUCAAUAUUGUUUCACACAUGUUUUCCACUGACUAUUAACAUAUGAACCUAAUACAUGAUAAAUGCGCAAGAGACAAAGUUGUGCACCAAUAAAUGCAGAGUUCGAGUCAGUCACUUGAAACCAAAUAAAAUUAAUGGCCACGUAUACAGAGUUUCUAAGUUAGGCAAGUAGCAUAGUGUUUUAAUCGAGCUGCAUUAUUUGAGCAAUCAUUCGCUUUGUCGAUUCUUUUAGAGUACGUAUUCAAGAGUUCUCAUUUCUCGAAUAUGUAAGUUGGUUUACAUAACGACAUGCUUGUUCAUAGUUAUCGACUCACUGUACUCCCAUAUUUUUUUUCCAGAUUUUGAAGUAUUAAUAAUCUUUUUCGGGGUGUUCAUUUAAGUUGUUGAGUGGCAAGUAUAUCAGUUCCAUCUCGAAUCCCUGUCCCAACAUUAAGAGCAAAUUAAACCCGUCUAAAUACUUUUGAAUUCGGAUGUGAGAAUUACUUCUUGGGAAUGAAUAUUUGGCAUUUACUUCAUUUUUCUGAAACAAUAGCAGCAAUAUUUAUAGCCAUCAAGCUCACAUUUUGAAGGGUUCUAGUUUAUGUGUUUAAACAAGCUGAAGCUUAGAUCGUAGUUUAGAGGUUUUCCAAGAAUACCUUGGUACAAGUUGUGUAGAUCCCGAAUUAGUGCUCUUGUUUAUCUCAUCGCUAUUUCUCUGAAUAUCAUCAAUCUACUUUGUAAUCAUUUUGUCUUAAAAUUU